AUGGCAGCACUUGAUGGAAGUGAAGCUCCGGCUAAGCUUGAGGGAAAAUAUGCUGCUAUGGUAGUAUGUUGGCUGCUUGGAAUUGGUUGCCUCUUUUCGUGGAAUAGUAUGCUCACAAUUGAAGAUUAUUAUGUCUACAUUUUCCCGCAUUACCACCCCUCUAGGAUCCUUACUCUUGUAUACCAGCCAUUUGCACUUGGAACUAUUGUAAUACUUGCGUACAAUGAAGCAAAGAUCAAUACAAGAUUGCGGAACUUAUUUGGAUAUGCCCUUUUCUUCAUAAGCACUCUUUUGGUUUUAGUUCUGGAUUUAGCUACGUCAGGAAAAGGAGGUAUUGGAACUUUCAUUGGAAUUUGUGCAAUUAGCGGUGCAUUUGGGAUUGCAGAUGCUCAUGUGCAGGGUGGGAUGGUUGGCGACCUGUCCUUUAUGCGACCUGAAUUUAUUCAGUCAUUCCUUGCUGGUUUAGCAGCAUCCGGGGCUCUAACCUCUGCUUUGAGGUUAAUUACAAAAGCUGCAUUCGACAAUUCUCAAGAUGGUCUUCGCAAGGGAGCCAUUCUAUUUUUUGCCCUCUGUACAUUUUUUGAGCUUCUCUGUGUCCUUCUCUAUGCGUACAUUUUCCCAAAACUGGCCAUUGUGAAGUACUACCGCUCGAAGGCAGCCUCAGAAGGCUCAAAAACCGUUUCAGCUGAUCUUGCUGCUGGUGGUAUCCAAACAUUACUCCAACCAGAAGCUGAGGAAGAUCCAAAACAACUGGAGCGGCUGAGCAACAAGGAGUUACUAUUGCAGAAUAUUGAUUAUGCAAUUGAUAUGUUUCUGAUAUAUGUGCUGACACUGUCUAUUUUCCCUGGAUUCUUGUCUGAAGACACCGGCUCGCACAGUUUGGGAGGAUGGUAUGCGCUUGUGUUGAUAGCAAUGUAUAAUGUAUGUGAUCUAAUUGGGAGAUUCAUUCCACUCCUGAAAUUCUUGAAGUUUGAGUCUCGAAAAGGUCUGAUGAUAGCCAUUCUCUCUCGCUUUUUGCUCGUCCCGGCAUUCUAUUUCACUGCCAAGUAUGGAGACCAGGGCUGGAUGAUACUUCUAACAUCUUUCUUGGGGUUAACCAAUGGUUACCUCACCGUAUGUGUUCUUACUUCUGCGCCAAAAGGUUACAAGGGACCAGAGCAAAAUGCGUUGGGAAAUUUGCUUGUUUUGUUUUUGCUUGGCGGUAUUUUUGCCGGGGUGACUCUUGACUGGUUGUGGCUUAUAGGCAAGGGUUGGUGA